GUCGCUCUGCUUCAUUGGUCUGCGCCGGAAAUGAUGCGCAGAAGAAGAUGCUCUUCCUGCGUGCGUUCAGCUACUGUUAUUAACUUCCAUGGAUUUUCGGUCAUUUUUUGAUCAAGUGGUGGUUAAAAUUAACAUUUAUCGCGAGCUAUCGUUCAAAUAGGCAACCAAUACGUUUUAAACACGUCUUAAUAGCAUUUCGUUAGAGAAAAAAAGAGUACUUAGCGUACAGGCUAACGUAAACAACGUCUUGCGCAAUUGGACUUUCAAUUACUGUAAAAGAACAGUUUCUCCUGUUAAAAUAGAAAUAUGACAGAGUCCAAAGAGAAAGCUUUGAGUGUGAAGUCUGAUGUUACUACAGUCGCUGUCAGGAAUGAUGUGGUAGAGACUAAGAAACCGACGAGGAAGAUUCUUGAUGAAGAUGAAUAUAUAGAGGGUUUGGAGAAGAUCAUCCAGAGGGACUUUUUCCCAGAUGUCUCCAAACUUCAAGCGCAGAAUGAUUAUCUGGAGGCAGAGGAAAACGGAGAUAUGGAGCGGAUGAGGGAGAUCGCCAUCAAAUACGGGUCUUUGAUGGCUAAAUACACCCCACGAACCUAUGUGCCCUACACGACUCCCUCAACAUUUGAGACCCCAGAUGGUCGAAGUGCAUCUCCAUCGUGUUCGCAGAGCAAACACAGAGCAGCGAAAGAGGAUGGAAAAGAUGCUGAAAAAACAGAGGAAAAGGAUCUUCCGUCUCUGGACCGUUUUCUUGCUAAAAACACGAGUGAAGACAACGCAUCCUUUGAGCAGAUAAUGGAGCUCGCGGAGGACAAGGACAAGCUGAGGCAUGCGUGGCUCUAUGAGGCAGAAAAUGAAUUCAAAGAGAGGCACGAGCAGAACCUCGCUCUACCAUCCACAGAGAAACAGGCGCUUGAGUGCACCAAGGCAGGAGUGGAAACAUGGCAGUACAAGGCCAAAAAUGCACUCAUGUACUACCCUGAAGGUGAAAAAGAUGACACACUGUUCAAGAAGCCACGGGAGGUCCUGUACAAGAACACUCGGUUUGAUGUUGACCCCUUCUGUAAAGCCCUGAACAAAUCGCAAAUCCAGCAAGCUGCUGCGCUCCAUGCACAGUUUAAACAAGGUAAGGUUGGUCCAGACGGCAAAGAGCUCCUGCCUCACGAAUCCCCCAAAGUGAAUGGUUACGGAUUUGAAGGAGAAGCCUCCCCUGCUCCUGGUGUUGCAGAGUCUCCUCUGAUGACGUGGGGUGAGAUUGAAAGCACUCCGUUUCGCCUGGAUGGCUCGGAUUCGCCACUUGUGGAGAGAAGUCACGGUCCAUCGUUCAAGAUUCCAGAGCCUGGGAGAAGAGAGCGGUUGGGACUGAAAAUGGCCAAUGAGGCUGCGGCAAAAAACAGAGCUAAGAAACAGGAGGCGCUGCGCAAAGUCACUGAAAACCUCGCAAGCCUCACUCCGAAGGGACUGAGUCCCGCAGCGCUGUCUCCUGCCCUUCAGCGUCUAGUAAACAGAUCCUCCAGCAAAUACACAGAUAAAGCCCUGAGGGCGAGCUACACCCCGUCACCUGCGCACAGGGGCAUGGGCUCUAAGACUCCUCUCGGAGGUCCAGCCACUUCCUCCAUCACACCAACUCCCGGAAAAACCAGAACACCAGCCACACAGGACCCGGCCUCCAUCACAGACAACCUCCUCCAGCUGCCCAAGAGGAGGAAAGCCGCGGAUUACUUCGGAAUCUAAAGACCGAACAAAAACUCUAACAUGGGCAGGGUCAAAUUUUUCAGCAUCAUUGACAUCAACUGAUUCAAUCAGGUGAAUCACUUGGUCCAUUCAGUUCUUUCCUAGUCUUGAUUUGUUUUGAACAAAACUGAUUCAGUCCUCCUGAAGGUUUAGGAUCUUUUAUGAUGUUGAAGACAUCUUUCAAGAUCUCAGGGGCACAAUAAAAAGGGUUCUACAGAUUUGUGUGAAUUAUUUCACCCUCCAUGUUUUACAUGAUUCACUUGUUGAAUCCAUCUUUAGGUUGCAUAUGUGCAAACACUCUUUUAGUGAACUUACACUAACACAAUCUAUGAUUGCAGGGUUUGACAGAAGAAAGGAAUUAAUGUCUUUUUUGUCAUUAAGACUGGACUAACACAUAUAAUGCUGGGACAGACUCUCUAAAUUCUUUUCUUGAAAAUAAGUUUGAACAUUGUUUUUGUAAUAUCUGUUUUUCAGUCACAUGUUGUAUAUGAUGCAAUUGUAGAUAAUCCAUGUUGGCCAAAACAACACAUAAGUGUUUCAUAUUUGUUUUACUGUUUAAA